UGGCUGUUGACGGAAGCAAAUCAAUAUAACCUAUAAAUUCUAAACUAGGAGGAACAUUGAUUAUUUGAAAAUAAUCUAUGAAAAGUGAUAUAGUUUGGGGUUUUUCUUGUUUAAGAAUAAUAUUUAAUACCUGAAAAUGAUUGUGAAGUGUUAGAACUAUUAGGGAUAUGUCAUGAUUUUGUAGUAAUUCAAUUGUACAAGCCAAGUGAGAUUUUGUUCCAUGCGGUGACAAAUUGCUAAUUUAGAAAUUUAAUUUCUUAUUUUAUACCAUGAAAUUCAUCUUACAAAAUUCAAUACAUUCAUCAAAUGGCUCUAAUAAACUCAGAUUUGGAAAAAUCUGUUCAUUAUUCCGGUCUCCCAAUUUGGAACUUGAAACACCAGUUCUAUUAGUUAACACAAAGGCUGGUAGCGUUAUGCACCUGAGUCACGAAGUACUAAUGAAAAUUGAUGGUCUAAUACAAUGUCUACAAGUUCCUCUUUCCAAUAGUGCCAAAUGUUAUGAAGGAGCGAGAGGGUUCAAGAGAGGUAUCGUGGAGUUUGCUGGAAUGAAGGGCUACCUAUCUUACUGCUCGGUCCAUGAUCCUGCGGAAAUGUUGAUAAAGGGUAAAAAUGAGAAGGAUCAAAUUUCAUUAAACACCUGCAAUGGAAGGAUAUAUCUCUCUGUUCAACGGUACAUGGAGAUGAUGGAAGUGUUCCAACCUGACAUCUAUGAGGCGUUAUCAGAUAGCUAUAACGACAGCAAUAGCUCUAAUCGACGUUUAUGUAAAUCAACUGCAAAUUCAAUCAAUUACUUCGAUGAAUGUAUGAGCAUACAUGGAAAAAGUGAGAUUCUCAAAAAAGCCUCCGUAUUUGGAGUAAUUGAAGGCGGAUACAACUCCAUUUACAAAGAGAAAAUAGCAUCUCAUCUACUCCUGAAUCCCAAUGUAUGCGGAUUUGUAAUUGGUGGUCUACAUUCCAAUGGGCCAGAAGUUGAGAAAAUACGUUCCAGUAGUAUUGAAUCUGUGGUUCAUCAGACUUUGAAACUCUUACCAGAAGACAGAGUGAAAGUUGUACAUGGCUGUUUCCGGCCUGAUGUAGUCGUGAGACUAAUAGAAUUGGGCGUCGACAUUUUUGACUCCUCUCUAGUGGAUAUUGUGACGAAUCGUGGAUGUGCGUUUGUUUUCGGCUGGAGAUCGUUAGACAAGAGUGAUGCAAUGGUUAAUGGUAACAGUGAUCACGCUGUCGACUGUCCUGUCAAGGAUGAAGCUCCAUCAUAUAAGCUUGAAAUAUCAAUGAAAGACAAGGUAUAUUUUGACGAUUUUGGGCCGUUGCUUAAAGGAUGCAGCUGUGUUGCUUGCCAGAAGCAUACCCGAGCAUAUAUUCAUCACCUAUUCCUCACGAAAGAAAUGUUGGGACCAGUAUUAUUAAUGAUACACAAUUUGCACCAUUAUCUGUCAUUUUUCACCUUCAUCCGGAAAACUAUAAGAGAAGGACAUCGAGUUGAGAUUAUUUAGCAUUUUCUGUUAUUAGUUAAAUUUUACUCUAAUACUGAAAUGUGAUAUUUUCCAAAAACUCUUUUUCCUAGCAAAUUAUCUCUGAACUUUAGAACACCAUUUAUAGUUACAAAUAGACAACGAAUUUUUUCUGUUUUGAUUUUCUUAGGCUAACCAUUGUGAUUUGUACUUAAUUAAAAUAUUGUAAGGUAGGACACCAAAGUAUGGUCAGUGAAAUAUUCCAAUAAUUACGAUAACAAUCUAAAGAUUGAAAUCUUCUAGGAUAAUCUGUUACUAAUAGUAUUAACUUGGAUGUAGUGUGUUGUCCUAUUUAUUAUAGUGCUACAUAAGCUAGUAAUUAGAAACAAGUACCUAUUCAAAUUCACAUGGGAAUUGAUCGCACGUUAACUUUUAUUUUUCAUGUUAUAAGUCAUUCCAAAUGACGUUAAUCUAUUUAUUAGUCUACUUAUUUUUUUAAACAAUCCAUUUAUAUUUUAGUGUUGGUUUUUCAAAAUACCUUAGUAUGUAAUCUUUUCUAAAAAGAUUGCAUAAAUGUUCCAUUUUUUCCUUUUUUUAUAGUUUUUCAUUCUUCUAUUUAUUAAGUUAUUACAUCACAUCAC